AUGCAUAGUCUAGAGAAAGUUGACAAAUUUACAAGUUGUAGAGGGGUGACCUUCGAAAUCAAAUCUCAUUCGAAUUUGUUCGCGAUCACAUCUCCCCCGUUUCAAGCCGAUGAAAAAAGUCGAACCGGCUUGAAAUCAUGGGUUCCUUCUUUUAAGGUUGCUUCUAAUUCUAUAGCAAGCCUAUCUCAAAGGUCCCUCAGCAAGCCUAGUAGUCAUUUCUGUGAUCUUGAUCUUGACCUUGAUCAAGAUAUUCUCGAUGAAGACAAUGAUCUUGGACAUGUUACUAUUGAUGUUAACUUAGAAGAGCCAAUCAAGCGCGAAAUCGCUAAAGAAUCGAGACUUUCAAUCAUUUUACUAGACCAAGGUCUUUUCACGGUCUACAAACGUCUAUUCGCUGUCUCCUUCGCUUUGAACCUCAUCGGCUUGAUCCUCGCAGCCACUGGCCAUUUUAUUUAUGCUAGAGAAAGAGCUACUCUUUUUUCUAUAAGCAACAUCUUUGUUCUAACUAUGUGUAGAAGUGAGGCCUUCCUUAGAGUUGUCUUUUGGCUAGUGGUGAAACUCUUUGGCCAUUCAUGUGUUCCACUUAGACUCAAGACGGCUGUCACAUCUCUUUUGCAGUCUCUUGGUGGGAUUCAUAGUGGUUGCGGAGUUUCCUCCAUAGCUUGGCUUGUUUACGCAAUAAUCCUAACCAUAAACAAUAGAGAAAAAACCUCGACCGAAGCCAUUAUAGUCGCAUCCGCCAUUCUCGUGCUCCUUUGCAUGUCUUCUUUGGCUGCUUUUCCUCUCCUCCGCCACCUUCAUCACAAUUUAUUCGAAAGAACUCAUCGUUUAGCCGGAUGGACAGCCUUAAUCCUCCUUUGGCUCUUCAUCAUCCUCACCACUUCGUACGAUCCACUAACCAAAAGUUACUCCGAUCACAUCGCACAAAGAUUGUUUAACCAACCCGAGUUCUGGCUGACUCUAGCCGUGUCUAUAACAAUAAUUAUCCCAUGGAUAACCGUAAGAAGGGUUCCGGUUCGCGUAUCAUCUCCCUCAGGCCACGCCACCUUAAUCAAGUUCGAUGGUGGCGUGAAGCCCGGGAUAUUGGGACGUAUAAGCCCGUCUCCACUUUCUGAGUGGCACGCAUUCGGUAUCAUAUCCGAUGGUAUAAACGAGCACAUGAUGUUGGCUGGGGCAGUGGGAGACUUCACCAAAACCCUAGUUUCACACCCACCAAGCCACCUUUGGGUAAGGAAAGUCCACUUCGCAGGCCUUCCGUAUUUAACUAACAUGUACGACCGUGUCCUACUCGUGGCAACCGGCUCGGGGAUUUGUGUCUUUUUGUCAUUCCUCCAAAAUUUCGGGAGGGAAAUAAUGGAGAUGGUAAGUGGAUUCCCCGAGGAGAGAAUUAUAGUGCACGACACGAUGGUUUUAGGGCGACCCGACGUUUCGAAGAUGAGUGUGGAGAUGGCGAAGAAGUUUAGGGCGGAGGUGGUGAUAGUAACUAGCAAUCCACAAGGUAGUAGAGACGUGGUUAAUGCAUGCAAGGCUCAUGGAAUUCCAGCUUUUGGUCCAAUUUGGGACUCUUGAGUCUUGAACCCUUAAUUUGCAUAAUUAAAAUAUCCCAAUAAGAAUUUAAAUUCACAACUAGCUAGGUUCGUAUAAAUAGUUAGUUCUCAAUUUGAAACUUUGAU